GACGUGAAACUUUUUAAACUUUCAAUAAAAGCAUUAAAAAUAGUAUCACAAUAAUAAUUCUUGCUUUAAAUUUAGUUUAAAUUAUUAAAAAAUAAAAAUGUAUGGAAUGUUAUUGGAAAGUGUUCAGCAUUUUGUGCAGUUGGAAUACGGAGAAGAAAUGUGGCUAGAGAUACUCCAAGAAGCAGGAAUAAAAUUUACAGUGUUUAAUACAAGACAAAUAUAUCCUGACAAUGUAAUCCUAGAUUUAGCAGCAGCAUUAGCAGAAAAAACAGGAGUUUCGAUUAACAAUACAAUGCAUUUUUUUGGGAAAUGUUUUGUUCGUUUUUUCAGUAAUUUAGGAUACGAUUGUAUGAUUAAAGCAACUGGUCGUUAUUUUUGUGAUUUUCUCCAGAGUGUAGAUAACAUUCACAUGCAAAUGAGAUUUACAUAUCCAAAAAUGAAAAGCCCCUCGAUGUAUAUUACUCAUAUCGAUCCUCAUGGGGUUGUUUUAAUUUAUCGAAGCACGCGACAAGGUUUUACUCAUUAUUUUAUGGGCCAACUUUUUCAAAUUGCCAAGGACUUGUAUGAAACUACUCUUGAUAUUAGAGUACUUGAGUCAUCAAACAAUAUUCCUGGAUCUCGAAAUGUUAUGGUGAAAUUUAGGAUUGAUUUUGACAAUCGAGAUUAUGUCGCCAAGACAAAUAGAAUGAAAACUCCUAUCGGCCAAGAGCUAGCACCAGUAUCAUGUGGUCUACUGUUACGACUUUUUCCUUUUGGUGUAGUAAUGAAUUCAGAAAUGCGAAUCGAAGGAGCAGGAGAAAAACUUUUGCAAGUAUGGGGAGGCAACUCAUCUAUAUUAAAUAGACAUAUUUGUGAAAUCUUCAAGUUACGUAGGCCUAAAGGGAUAUCUUUUUCAUGGAGAAAUGUUAUCUACUUAUAUUCGGUGAUGUUUGAGCUUGAAUUAAUUAGGUCCAACGAAGUGAUUUCGUCUUCCCAAUCAUGUCCUGAGAAUCCUGGUAGCUCAGGUCUUGAUAGGAAAGGAAGCCAAGGUGCUCGUAGUAUUCUUUUGAAAGGACAAAUGCGAUACAUUGAUGAUAUUAAGGCUAUCAUUUUUUUAUGUAGUCCAUUAAUAAAUAGUCUUGACGAGCUUCCAAACAUGGGCUUGUAUUUAAAUGACCUGAAUCCUCACGGGAUGAGUCGGGAAAUGGUUCUUGCUGGCUGGCAACAUUGUGAUAGAUUAGAAAUGAUGUUUGAAAGGGCUGAGCAACGAUCACAUGAAUUAGAAACCAGUUAUGCACUUCUUGAUCGGUGGAAAAAUAAAAGUGAUGAAUUACUUUAUUCUAUGAUUCCACAAACGGUGGCUGAUCGAUUGAGAGCGGGUGUCAAUCCACUUGAUACAUGUGAGUCUUUUGAAUCAAUGUCAGUUUUAUUUUGCGAACUAUGUGAUUUUGAUUAUUCGACUAUUGAAGGAGUUAUGGAUAUUGUUUCAUCAAUGAAUGCUGUUUUUUCUUGUUUCGAUUCAUUAAUGGAUAAAUUUAAUGUAUACAAGGUGGAAACUGUUGGGCGUAUUUAUAUGGCUGCAAGUGGUGCUCCAGAUCGUACAAAAGAUCAUGCCAGAAAUAUAGCAGACGUAUCACUACAACUCAUCAACUGUGUACGCUCUCUGAAAUUACCGUCUGGCAUCGAUAUACAAAUCAGAAUAGGUAUUCAUUCAGGUCCGGCUGUAGCUGGUGUCGUUGGCAUUAAAGUACCUAGAUACUGUUUCUUUGGAGAUACUGUCAACACAGCUUCACGAAUGCAAACAACAGGAUUGCCUGGAAAAGUUCACAUUUCACCGGACACAAAAGCACUUCUUCCAGUCGAUCGUUAUCACACUGAGUCUCGAGGUGUUCUUUGGGUCAAAGGCAAAGGAAAUAUGGAAACCUAUUGGCUAUCGGAGAACAAGAAUUCUCCAAAGAAUAAUAAUUUAAAAAAAAAGUAAAAAUUUCAACUACCAUUUGUGCCUCAAUGUUGUUUAUAUUUGAUAUGCUUGUAACAAUUAAGAAUACAAUAAAUAAAAAAGAUAAAUAAAUCAAUAAAAUAAUAAUUUAAUUGAAAA